UUUUGAAGUUGUAAACAAAAUGUGUCGCCUUGGUCACUCAAUAGUGAUCCAGAAAUGAAAAUUGAACUGAUUCACUCUGCAGGUGAGACCUUUAACGGAGCUCCUGAGAUGUUUUCAGCUCACCUGCUUGGUUUAUCUGCCACCUCCUGCAGAGAAAACUACAUAUCACCUAGAACAGGAAGAAGAAGAAGAAGAAGAAGAAGAAGAAGAAGAAGGAGUGUCGAGUGUUUGGUCUCAUAUGACCGGACAGCAGAAUGGAGCAAACAUCUCUUCAGUGGCUGCUCUGUCUGACCACAAUGCUCUUCUGCAGAUGCACUCAAGCUGGUCUGACUGUGAGUCCCAGCAGCUCCCAGUUUUUCCAAUGGGCGUCCAUCUCUCUGAGCUGUGAAGAGGAUGACAGCUCUGCUGGAUGGACGCUGAAGAGGAACACAACCAAAGACACCCGGACAGAGUGUGGCAUCUGGGGAGAACCAGCUGGUUCCUCCUGCAACAUCGGCUACGUCAUCACCUGGGACAGUGGAGUUUACUGGUGUGAGUCCAGAGAGGGAGAAACCAGUAACAGCAUCAGCAUCACUGUCACUGAUGGAUUAGUGAUCCUGCAGAGUCCUGUCCUCCCUGUGAUGGAGGGAGAUGAUGUCACUCUGCACUGUAAAACAAAGACCUCUGACCUCCCAGCUGAUUUCUAUAAAGAUGGCUCCCUCAUCAGGACUGAGCCUAAAGGUCACAUGACCAUCCGCCAUGUUUCUAAGUCUGAUGAAGGCCUCUACAAGUGUCACAGCAGCAGUCAUGGAGAGUCUCCACCCAGCUGGAUCACUGUCGCAGGUAAACCUGCAACCAUAGCCACGACCCCUGUUUCAACAACCCCACCCCCUGUUUCAGCAGCCCCACCCCUUGUGUUCAGACUGGUCUGCCACCUCGUGGUGUUCUGUCCAUACUUCAUCUCCACUCUCCUCAUGGUGUCUUUGUAUAGACACAGGCCCACAGGAAACGACCUACUUGUCUCCAUGGCAAUGCCCCUGCCCACCCAAGCUGAGCAGGGAUUGGCUGAUGACGAUGACAUCAUCACCUCUGUCACCACAGAGCAUCAUUUCUGAAUUGGACCGAUGUGCUGUUGUUCUGAAGUGAAGCUAAAAUGAAAAACAACAGAGGAGCCGAAACAUGUCCCUGUGGAACGCCACAUGUUCUAGUUUGACUUGUACAUCCACCAUGUUGAACUUCAUCUCAGACUUCAGCAGCAGCAACAGUCUCACUUUAAACUCUUGUAAUCUGAUCACGUGAACAGCUGCGUUUGAGCAGUUAUCAGGAUUAACAGAGUCAGGUUUAGUGAAGCCUGAUAAUUCAGAGAAGACCGACUUAGCUUAACUUGUUUGAUAAUAAUACAGACUCAUGGACAAAUGUCACGUACAGAGCAGUUUCCAUUCUGCUGUGAGUCGUGUUGUUGUUCAUGUUUGUUUGGUUCAGAUGUCGUAGAGGAAUCUCAGCCGUACAAAUAAAAAUAAAGAUGUUUUCUGUG